CCGACAAGCCGAUGUGUCCGACUCGUGGCAAGCGAGGUCCCGUCACGGUGGUGCGCGACGAUGAGGCUGGUGAAUAGGUUAAUCUGCCUGCUUUUCGUGCUCGCCGGCGCGAACGCGGGCGGCCCGACUCUCGUUCUACUCGACAAUCUCGCGAUCAAGGAAACGCACUCGAUAUUCUUUAAAACACUGCAAGAUAGUGGCUACGUGUUAACUUUCAAGUCAGCUGAUGAUGCGAAUCUGCAGCUCUCCAAGUACGGCGAAUAUUUGUACGAGCACUUGAUAAUAUUUGCACCCACGGUCGAGGAGUUUGGCGGUGCUUUGAGCGUGGAGGCGAUCACAGAGUUCAUAGAUGGCGGCGGGAAUGUCUUAAUUGCCGGCUCCUCGCAAUCCGGCGACGCUUUGCACGAGCUAGCCUCGGAGUGCGGCCUGGAGAUAGACGAGGAGGGCUCCGCUGUGAUCGAUCACAUGAAUUAUGACGCUUCCGAUAACGGGCAGCAUACCACCAUAGUAGCAGACCCAGCGAACCUGAUAGACGCUCCGGUCAUCAUUGGGAGCAAAGAUAUCCCACCAUUGCUCUACCAGGGAACCGGACUGAUCGCGGACACGGAUAAUCCCUUAAUUCUACGUCUGCUGUCAGCAUCUACCUCGGCCUACACCUACAAUCCGGACCAGCCAGUCAAGGAGUAUCCGCAUGGCGUUGGCAAGAAUACCUUGCUGAUAGCGGCUCUGCAAGCCAGGAACAAUGCUCGAGUCCUGUUCUCGGGUUCGCUGUUUUUCUUCAGCGAUGAAGCGUUCACCAGCCCGAUUCAGAAGGGACAAGGUGGUCAGAGAUACGAGAAGUCCGGCAACCAGAUGGUGGCGAAAGCCAUGGCCCAGUGGGUGUUCAAGGAGAACGGCGUGAUCCGCGUGUCGUCCGUCCACCAUCACCGAGUCGGCGAGUCGCAGCCGCCGGCCGCGUACACGAUCAUGGACGACGUGGUGUACUCGAUCGACGUCGAGCGGCUGUCGGACGGCAAGUGGGUGCCCUACGAGACGAACGAUCUGCAGCUGGAGUUCGUGCGGAUCGACCCGUUCGUCCGCAUGACCAUGAAGCCAGUCGGCAACGGUCGUUACGAGGGCAGAUUCAAGAUCCCGGACGUGUACGGGGUGUACCAGUUCAAGGUGGAUUACACGCGCGUCGGGCUGACGCACCUCUACAGCACGACGCAGGUCUCCGUGCGCCCGCUGCAGCACACGCAGUACGAGCGCUUCAUACCGAGCGCGUUCCCGUAUUACAUAAGCGCGUUCUCCAUGAUGGGCGGCGUGUUCCUGUUCUCGCUCGUGUUCCUCCAUUACAGAGAUGACACCGCGAAGUCCAAGUCCGAGUAGCUUUGAUGCGCGUUUAUUCGCGCAUCGUCGUCAUCCUCCCUCUCGAAUAUUCGAAUACCGAGAGGACAUAGUAUCGUCUCCCCCCCCCCUUUUUUUUUUAUUUAAGAGCGCAAUAUUGUAACGGGUUCACGAUAGACAGUUUUGCCGGCGCAAAUCACCCUUUGCACUCUUUGAAGAGUCGUUUCGGUAUCGAGUGUAUUUUUUGACAGCAUUUGAUGGACGUUAGAAUAUUAUGUCACGAGAAUCGCAUUCCUCUGUGUGCUAGACUUCGCAACGCGUGCUAAGAAAGCAGAAAGUAAAUUUCCGGAGAAAUCUUUCACGUUGUACGCGGUUGUUCUCAUGUUUCUUUCAAGAUUGGAGUACUUUGUGUACAUAUACCAUUGCAAUAAAUACUUUUAUAUGUAAUGCUAAGGGAUCAUAGAAUAAACAUGUAGAAGAAAAUAUAAAUAAAAAUUAUUAAGUCAAUCAU